GGAGCCUCGUUAUCUUUUACUACUCCAUCCAUCCCCACAACGCACCACCUUUUAUAUACUAGCACACUCACCCCCACCCCACCCCACCUCCAUUCCUCCACCGUCCUGCUCGGCUUUCUGGCAUCAUCACUCCCCUGCUCCCGCUCAGGGAAUUCAUUCAUUCAUUCAAGUGGAGGCAAUCAGAUUCUAUGAUGGAGUUCAAAACUGGCAUUUUUACUGUGGCCAUACUAGCCAUUGUGCUGUCCUCACCAGCAGUUGCUCAGAAGAGCCCACCUGCUCCAUCAGCUACAAUCCUUCCACCAGCGCCAGCACCCGCACCUGCGCCGCGCCAUGUUGACCUCGCUGAUCUCCUCAGUGUGGCCGGACCGUUCCACACCUUCCUGGACUACCUGCAGAAGACCAAUGUCAUCGAGACCUUCCAGAACCAGGCGAACGACACAAAGAACGGCAUCACCAUCUUUGUGCCCAAGGACUCUGCGUUCGCCGCGCUCAAGAAGACAACAUUUGCCAACCUCACCCAGGACCAGCUCAAGUCCCUGCUCCUGUACCACGCGUUCCCCAAAUACUACUCCCUGGCUGAGUUCGACAAACUGAGCACUCUCAACCCAGUGACCACCUUUGCCGGCUCGCAGUACACGCUGAACCUCACCUACAACAUGGGCACCAUCCAAGUGAAAUCGAUGUGGUCCAACCCCAAGAUCAGCAGCAGCGUGUACUCAACCCGCCCGGUCGCUGUGUACGAGGUCAACAAGGUCCUCUUGCCAAUGCAAAUCUUCAAGAGCGACCCACCGCUGGCGCCUGCCCCUGCUCCCGCCCCUGACUCCAAGGCCUCUGAUGUUGCUCCCAGCCCAAGGUCAGGGAAAUCAGCAAGCGCAAAGGCGAAGGCGGAUGAGAAGAGUUCGUCGCACCAAGUUGGUGCCGACGUUGCCCAUUACCUGGCGCUUGCUGUCUCAGGUGUCCUGAUGCUGUUGUGGUGAGAAUCGACGUGCUCCUGACCAUGUCAAAGCACAGGGUUCAGCUUAGGAAGCUUCCCCCGUGUUUAAUUUAUAUAUGGGUUUUUUUCUGGAUUCAUUCUUUUGGACAUAUGGUAGGCAUUUGUGUUAGGAUUGAGCUGUUGAGUGUUUGCAUCAUAUGCUUCUAUGAUUACUCGUUGUUGAUACUCCUGAUUCGAUGCAUGUAUGCAGAAAGUAUUUCAUA